AUGGGUUUGAGUCUGAAGAAGAAGUUGAAGGACCUCAUCCGUGGUCCAAAGAAAGAUGACGCCCCCAAAGAACCACUUCGCGCCCACCCGAAUCCACGGCAGCAGGCGAGUGCGCUCGCGGAGAAGGCACCUAGCUCCUGCACGACCGGUUCUUCGGGAACAGCGCAAUCGAUUUCAGCCAGCGAACCAUCAAAUACGCUCCAAGAAGAUACACGAGACGAGCCGACCGCGAAGUUAAUGCCUUCCCAAAACAGUGAAGGGUCUAUUCGGCAGUUGUGGGACGUGGCAUAUCAAAACCUGCGAAAUCAAGAAGAGAGUCUCGUCCAAGAGUUCGAGGACCAGAUAUGCGGCAACUUGGCUGCUGGCCUUGGUGUCGGCGUACGUUCACAUGCCGGAACGAAAGACUGGUUGGCAACGAUCCUCAAGCACAAGAUGGAUCAAGUCAACCGGGAGUCUUGGAAGUUGAAAUUUGGCAGCUCCGAGGUGGAAGUCCAGGAUGUUGUAAAGCCCGUCCUAGCCGUGGUCGACUGGGCCAAUGAUUUCGUUGCCAAAGCUCUGGUCUCAAAUCCAUACGCGUCGAUUGCCUGGAGUGGUGUGAGCUUGUUACUGCCGCUGCUUCUGAAUCCCUUGGAUCAAGCCGCCGCUCUGGCCAAGGGGCUUGAGCACAUAUCGUCCCUCAUAGUACGAAGCUCUAUGUGGGAAGAUCUCUAUGUCCGGCGUUACGAGUCUAAGACCAGCGAGGCUUCGCCGGAGCCGCAUGCUGCUUACAGACUCGUCUUGGAAAGACUGUACAGAGAGAUCCUCAAGUUUCAGAUUGUUUGCUAUCGCUACCACAACCAUAAAACUGCCUCUCGCAUGGCGCUUGAUUCUGUGAAGCAUCAUGACUGGGAAGAGCUGCUUGAACAGAUCAAAUAUCACGAGACCGAAUUCGACAAAGUAAGCAAUCAUGUGCGGGACCAGGCGUAUACGGACGAAUGGGAAAUCGCAGAGGCGCGGCAUCAAAAAGCCAUGAACCAUUGGGAAAGGAUUGGUACAGAUGUUUCCGAUCUGAGAAGAAGGAUUGAGGAAAUCCAGAACGAUGAGAAGCGCAAAGAAUUGCUCAACUGGCUUUGUACCGUUGACCCUUCUGUGCAGUACAAUGCCGCGCGUAGUAAACACCGCAGUGGCACUUGCGAAUGGCUAAUUCAAGAUAACGAAGAUUUCAAGACGUGGGAAACAGCUCCAAAGUCUUUCUUGUGGCUCAACGGCAAAGCUGGCUCCGGCAAAUCGAUUCUGAGCUCAUCGGUCAUCAAAAACUUGAAAGAAAAGUCAGAAGAGAAUCCUCAAGUUGCUCUUGCGUACUAUUUCUUCAGCUUUGGGAACUUGGAGCAACAAAAGGUAACCGUUAUGUUAUCUUCGCUUAUUGGCCAGUUUUGCGCGAGGCGUCCCGAUACGCCACAGCCGAUCAAAGAAUUAGAGAGUUUCAUCAUCAAAAGAGAGCGUCCAGAUACGGAGACACUUGAGAAUGCACUUAGAGCUGCCGUUCGUGGGUUUUCAGCGGCAUACAUUGUUGUAGACGCUCUCGAUGAGUGCCCGAUUCUUGACGGGGAGCGAACGAGGCUUAUGGACUGCCUCAAUGUCCGCCUCGCUCACUUCACAGUCAAGGAGUAUUUGAUAUCUAAUCGCAUCGAACAAAGCCCUGCAAAGCAGUUCUGGUUUACGGAGAGGAAUGCUCACCUGCACAUCGCUCAUUGCUGCCUGUCUUAUCACGUCAGCCAAAGUGCCGAGGCCGAGGAGUCUAACGAUGAGCUACUUCUGAAAAGCUACGCAAUCGAGAAUUGGGUACGGCACUUAGACCUAGUUCCGCGCCAUGAAUGGUCAUCUGAGGUUGUCCGGCUCGCUGAGCGUGCCCUGUUCACCUGCAGUAGCAGCUUAAACCUGCUUAUACGGAAAAUGCCACUAUCCUAUGAUACGGAGCUGGCAGAUUGGUUUACCCGGAAGGAACAGAUCGACAUGCAGCAGCGGCCGUACUGCUACACCGCCGGGCUCGGCUCUCUGAAUCUCACCAAACUCCUGCUUCGUGGAGCUUCGAGAGCCAGCAUGUACUUGGUUCAGGAGGAUCUCAACUUGACCCUCCGAGUCGCUGCCAAGGCAGGUUAUCAUGAUAUUGUACAAUUUAUCCUUGCCCUAUGUGCAGGUGACAAAGCACGAGACGCGAUCACUGUCGGGCCGCUCCAGGCUGCGGCAUACCAAGGACAUUUGGCCAUCAUAAGCCUCUUGCUGGACAGUGGCGCAGAUAUCAAUGCGUACGAUGACGAAUUCGGGUCGGCUUUGAAGGCCGCGGCCAUGGGCAAUCAGCCAACAGCACUACAAUUACUCCUGAGCCGCGGGGCUGACGUCCGCAAGGCAGGUUGUCUUUUGUCGUGCUGGAUAUCGACUUAUGAGGAGAACUAUGUUAAUGUCCCGGAAAAUACUGAAGUUUUGCAGCUUCUUCUCGACGGCGGUGCUGAUAUCAACAGCAAGUGUGCAAGACACGGAAGCCCGCUGAAUCAGGCAAUCAAGAGGUGGUUAAGUCAGAAAACGCGUAGCUAUUUUGACUUUGUUGUAGGGCACGGCGCCGACAUUACAUUGGAUGAUGGGCGAGAUGGCACCCCGCUCCAAGCGGCAUGCCUCAAGAAACUGAACGAUGAUAUUGUUGACCCGUCUCGAAGCAUUGCAGUGAUUGAGGCCCUGCUAGACAUGGGGGCCGACGUGAAUGGCCAGGGUGGGGAGUGCGGUAACGCAUUACAAGUGGCAUGUCGUGAACAAGAUGACCACACUGGUGUGAUUAGUCUGCUGCUCGACAGAGGCGCGGAAAUCAACCAGCUGGGAGGACGCUAUGGAACAGCAUUACACGCCGCCUGCUCGAACGCGGACCCAGAGUUGGUUAACUUCUUGCUUGAUAAAGGUGCUGACCCUGCGGUAGAGGGUGGGGAGUUUGGAAGCGUCUUGCAAGCAGCAUGUUCCAACUACGAACUAGACUACCGGCUAGGUAUUGUGAAGAAACUGGUCGAACAGGGCGCCGAUAUUAAUGCUGUCGGUGGCAAAUUCGGAAGCGCGCUGCAAGCGGCAGCUUCACACAAAGGCUCAUUCCUUUACAAGGGCGGGCAUGAGGAUGUAGAAACCUUUUUGCUCAGCAAAGGCGCAGAAGUCAACAUGCAGGGAGGGAUCUACAGCACAGCACUUCAAGCCGCUUGCGAAGGAGGCAAGAUGGGAGCGAUUCGCUUGUUACUUUCCCAUGGUGCAGAUGUAAAUGUUGAGGGCGGAAAAUACGGAACUGCGCUUCAGGCGGCUUGCGCGCCCCGGCCUAGGGGAAAGGACUGUUACGACAUGGCGCGCCUACUGAUAGAACAUGGAGCCAACGUACAUGUUCAAGGCGGCCUUUUUGGGAGCGCCUGGCAUGCUGCUGCUGCUACAGCUCCUUUUCGGUUUGAUGAAACUACCGAAACGAUGAGGCUCCUUCUCGACCAUGGUAUCGAUAUUGACAGCAUAGGCCGACCACAUGGCACUGCUCUGCAAGCUGCCCUUGAGAACUUCCAGGAUCACGACCGCCUCGUUCUCAGGCUCCAGCUUCUUCUCGAACGCGGCGCUGAUGUCAACUUAGGAGGCGGUCAAUAUGGAUUUCCGUUGCAGUCGGCGUGCGUAGUGCCUAGUAAUUAUAGAUAUGAGGUGAACAUCUGCGGCCUCAUCUACCUCCUCGAAAACUGCCCCGAAAUCAACGUCAACAUGACAGGAGGAAUAUUUGGCACGGCUUUACAGGCAGCAACAUCCCAAGGCAAGACAAAAGGCGUUGAGCUGCUACUUCAGAAGGGCGCCGACACCAACAUUCGUGGCGGAAAGUACAGAAGCGCACUCAAUGCGGCCAUCUUCAAAGGGUAUUGGGAUCUGGUCGAGAUACUGCUGGAUGCUGGAGCCAAGCCAGACUUUUAUCAUCUUUCCGAACCCGACGAGGAAUGGCUGGAAAGUAUUGGCAGUGAAGAUGGGAAGGGCGCUGUGGAUCGUUACAGGAAGUUUUGGGAGAUAGAGACGCUGAAAUUGAGCCAAGGCAAGGCGGUAAAAGGGGAGAAUGACUAG